AUGCCACAUAUCAGUGCCUACCAGUGCCACCUAUCAGUGCCACCUAUCAAUGCCAGUCAGUGCUACCUAUCAGUGCGCAUCAGUGCCCGUCAGAGCUGCCUAUCAGUGCCGCCUAACAGUGCCAGUCAGUGCCACCUGUGAGUGCCGCCUAUCAGUGCCAGUCAGUGCCGCCUAUCAGUGCCACCUAUUAGUGCCAUAUAUGAGUGCUGCCUUUCAGUGCCCAUCAGUGAUGCCUGUCAAUGCCCAUCAGUGCCACCUACCAGUGCCUCCUCGUAAGUGCCCAUCAGUGCCACCAAUCAGUGGCCAUCACUGCAGCCUCAUUAGCGCACAUCAGUGAAG